AUGGCGGCGCUCGGAACGCUCCCCGGCGGCGGCGCCGCCGCUUCCGUGCCCCGGAGCCAGCGCCGCCGCGGCGCGCCUUCCCUCGCGGCCGCCUACGUCCCCAAGGGCGUUCGCCUCGUCUGCGGAAGGCAGCUCCGUGCGGCUCCGGUGCUCGCCUCUCCCUCCGCCACCCUCUCCGGUCCAGCGAGGCGGCGGUUCCUCCGCGCGGCGCCGGCCGCAGCCGCCGCAUCGGGUUCCGCUUCCGCCGGAGAAGCAAAGCCCCAGGGAUUUGCAGAGAGAUACCCAACUCUUGUCACAGGUUUCUUCUUCUUCUUGUGGUAUUUCUUGAAUGUAAUAUUUAACAUUCUCAACAAGAAGAUCUUUGAUUACUUCCCCUAUCCAUACUUUGUGUCCGUGAGCCAUCUUUUUGUUGGAGUGCUAUACUGCCUUAUUGGCUGGGGUUUCGGUUUCCCAAAGCGUGCGCCGAUCAACUCAACGCUUCUGAAGCAGCUUAUUCCAGUUGCGGUUUGCCAUGCCAUCGGUCAUGUAACUAGCACUGUGUCUUUUGCUGCUGUAGCUGUAUCAUUUGCCCACACUAUUAAAGCUCUGGAGCCAUUCUUCAGUGCGUCUGCUUCUCAGUUCAUCCUUGGACAACCAGUUCCACUGACACUCUGGCUGUCUCUUGUUCCAGUCGUUGUUGGUGUCUCGAUAGCAUCCCUCACCGAGCUCUCAUUCAAUUGGACUGGCUUCAUUAAUGCCAUGAUCUCAAAUAUUUCUUUCACUUACCGGAGCAUCUACUCUAAGAAGGCUAUGACUGACAUGGAUAGCACAAACUUGUAUGCGUACAUAUCAAUAAUUGCUCUCAUUGUCUGCAUUCCUCCUGCCCUUAUUAUUGAAGGACCUCAAUUAGUGCAGCAUGGAUUUAAAGAUGCAAUUGCGAAAGUUGGAUUAACAAAGUUGAUUUCUAACUUUUUCGUGGUGGGCUUGUUCUAUCACCUUUAUAACCAGGUUGCUACAAACACAUUGGAGCGGGUGGCCCCUCUCUCACACGCCAUUGGCAAUGUGUUGAAACGUGUCUUCGUCAUUGGCUUUUCUAUCAUCGUUUUCGGCAACAAGAUCACCACACAAACUGGAAUUGGCACUUCCAUUGCUAUUGCUGGUGUUGCCCUCUACUCAUUUAUGAAGGCUAAGAUUGAUGAAGAGAAAAGGCAAAUAAAGAGUGCAUAAGGUGUUGGGCCGAUGUGAAUGUGGUCGUACGCUGUUUGAUGGACCUGUAUUCUCUCGGUGAAUGAACGGAACUUGCAAGACAGAUAAGAUCUUGCUAUCGUCCAGCACAUUUGAUUGUUACUUCCAGUUUGGUGUCGAGGUACACGGAGUCUGGUUGUGGUUAGCUUGUUUACUUUGCAAAUUUUAAUAAUGCUCAGACAUGGGAUUUUCAUUUCUGUUUACCAUGCUCUGUUUUCCCCUGUAUCCUUAAUAAUUAGUACAUCCAGUUUUUUUUUCCAAAGGAGAUUUCAGUACUACUGACAGUCAAUUACCAGUGUAAGCAAGAUUCAGUGAGAAUAAUGGUGCCAUUCUUGUUCUGAAUUUCUGA